AUGACCAUUGGGAAACUCCCACCCUCUGUCACUAUAACUCCAAAAUGUGGGAAAGUAACCAAAACUGCCACACGUGCUCAAAAUGAAGCACCAGAAGUACGACAUGUUGGUAAAGUUUCGAAAAUACACACCGCUCCUGUUGUCGAAACACAAGAAAAACAACCUGAAAAGCCAAAGUGUGGGAAAUGCGGGAAGAAAACAACAGUGAAAGUAGAUGAGAAUAUUGAAAAGGUUGAAAAGGUUGAAGAAAGUACAUUACCAAUUCAACCCAAGUUUGGGAAGUGUUGUAAAGUAUCAAAAGCAAAGAUUGAAGAAUCACCCAACAGUAAUGAAGUCGUUGCACCCAAACCAACUGAUAAAAUAUCAAAAGUGAAGACUGAGAAAGUAGACGACGUAAAAACAGGCAAAGUUGGUAAACGAAGUACUUCAAAACCAAAAGGAGAAGAGCCUGAAAAGCCACAAGAAAACUCGGAAACAGUCGAAUCUGUAUCUUCGAGUCGACCAACACUGUCGGGUAAAAUUUCCAAAGUGAAAGUUGAGAAAGUGGCUGAAGAAGAAGAAAAAGUGGAGCGAAAGGUUAUUCUCAAUCCAAAAUUCACUGGAAAAAUUUCGAAGAAGAAAGUCAGUCCUGUUCGCGAGACGCCACUUUGCGACUUAAAACUUGAAACUCCUGACAAGCCACAACGUUCAAAAGUACCAAAUGAGCCACAGAGAACUGACGAUGGGGAGUAUAUCGUCUUGACCAGACAUUCUUUUAGAAGGGAUGAAAAGACUGGGAUGAUCAAAGAGUACUCCACAAGUGCACAAGACACUCCAAAGACAGUAGAAAGGUUUUUGAAAGGUCCCGUUCAAAAUGCUGAUUUAGAAUAUUUAGUAUUAACAAACUAUUCAUUCAGAAGAGAUGAAAAGACGGGGAAGUUAGUAGUUUUAAAUGACACCUCCAAGCAACACGAGAAAAGUCUGAAGAAGACAACUCGUCGCAAGAAAGUAGUUAAAAAGAUUGUGAACGACAAAUUAGUCCAAAACAGACUUGUUUCGAGUGAAGACAGUAAGUUCGUUGCUACAUUCUUUGCUCAUAAAGGGUGUAAGAUCGCAGUUGCGUCGUCUUCAUUUGUACAAGGAGAAGGGUAUGUCGCUUCACUUUCGAACGCGGAGUACCCCGUCACAUGUAAGAGUGCGUUUAGACGAUCUGCAGAGACCGGCGCACUCGUUGCUCCAAAGUUCGCACAAACUGCAAAGAAAGUUGCCAAGAAGAAAACAGCAAAGAAGAAAGAAGUUAAAAGAGCAACUGCGGAAGACGAGAAGCGAUUUGAGGCCGAGUUUAAACCAAUGGUCACUGUUGUUGAACCAGAAAUCGAGCAACCCGGCUAUUACAGAAAGAUCAAAUUUGAUACUAAAAAGUACACUCGUGACGAGACUCCCAUUUACUUAGGAAAGUGCUUCCGCCGAAGUAAAGUGGAUGGCAGUGAAAUUGAAUUUAAAUACGCAACUCCACUCGAUGAGGAUACCAAUACAAAGACUGAAAAAAGUCCGUCGCCAAGUGCGCCAAGUGGAAAGACGGCCAAAAAGGUAGUGAAGGGUGCCACUUCUGGGAAGAUGUGUAAAAGUGCCAAAAUAGUGAAGGGGGCUGUUGUCAAAGAAGAAGUCGAAAAAGAAAGUGUGCCUGUGGUUUCUUCUGGUAAAGUUGCCAAAAAAGUAGUGAAAGGAGCUACCUCUGGAAAGUUAGGGAAAGUUGCAAAAGUGCAUAUCGUUGAAGAAGACCAAGAAGAGAAAAAAGAAGAAGUGGAAGUCCCAUCUGGUAAGGUGACCAAAAAGGCAUCAGGGAAGGUCGGGAAAGUAGUUAAAGGACAUGUCGAAGAGAACAUUGAAGAAAAGAUUGAAGUGUCUCAGCCAACAGGAAAAGUGACUAAGAAGACAACAGGAAAGAUCGGUAAAGUGGCUAAAGGACACGUCGAAAAAAAUGUUGAGGAGCCAGAAGAAGAGGUUUUAGUACCAACAGGGAAAGUUGUCAACACACACACACAAGUCGGUAAAGUAGUGAAGCGGUGCGUUGUUGAAGAAGAGCCCGAGGCCGAAGAAGUUAAAGUUGAAGCGCCAAAUAUAAGUGGAAAAGUUGGGAAACGAGUAACUAGUGGAAAGGUGUGUAAAGGACAAACCAAGGUGUUAGAAGAAGCCUCGUCUCAAGUUUCUGCUAUUGGAAAAGUAGCAAAAAAAGUAUCCGGGAAGCUUGGGAAAGUAGUGAAAACAAUUGAAGAAGUCGAAGAAGAGGACCUUCCAUCACCUGGGAAAAACGUGAAGAGCGCAGCAGUGCCAAAGCGUGUGAAAAGAAAAAAAGUGACUGAGUUUGAAGAAGUGAAAAACUUUAAGACGUUUACUAUGGAAUAUGACAAUUACAAAGAGUCUGACGUAUCAGAAGAGUGA